GGCCACCACCAUACCUAAAUGUUUUCUAGCCUUGGUGAGGACAGGGUCUUCAAUGCACUUGCGAGGGUGUGGGUGUGAGGAAGCUGGUCUUGCACCACUUUGGGGUCAGAGACAAGUUUGGGGUUACUUGGCUAGGACAGGAGGGAGAGAACCAAGAGUCCCUUGGACCAAUUUAAACUAUUGGUACCUCACCUGGGAACAAGGCCUAUCAAGGGCCUAUAAAAUAGGUCCUUGUAGGAGUGGGGCCAGAAGGCAGAGAAAAGGGGUGUUGGGGCAGCUCCUGGGUCCAGUUUGGAGUUUGAAGGGGUAUACAGGACAUCUCUUGAUUGACCUUUGAUGCCUUAAGAGGGAGCUCUUUAGGCCUUGCAGUGAUUGGCAUCUCCAAGCCUAGUAGCUAUCCUUGGGGACAGUGGCAGGAGGAAGAUAAAAUUUAUGGGGACUGAUUGCACCCCCAAGAGGCUGAGAAUGAACUUGCAACUCCCUGUGCAGUGCCCUCCAGGGGGCCCCCCAGUCCAAAGGUGAAGGCAGGCUCCUCUGCUCAGGGCUCAGCUCCUACCUCCCUGCCCUCACUGAGGCGCACAGGCCCCAGCGGUUCCAGUUAGGGAGGGCCUGAACUUGAGCUGGGCCCCAAACCGGUUUUCCCACCUUAACUGGGCUGGCAUAUCACCCGUGUGGCCCCCUCCCUACCAUCUCCUUGCAGCUCCUCUCCACCCUGGAAUGUUAAGGGGGGUGAAAUCCAGGUUACCUUUUGUCCCUUGCCUGCCUGUGUAUGUUCCCUUCUAGAAAAGCAAGGCCACUAUAUAUGACUAAAGAAGGUGGAGUGACUGUUCCACACUUGGCCUCCCACACUUCUGGCACUCAGAGAUGCCCUCUAGGGAUUGAAACUUGAAUGCUUUGUAGAGACUAAGUGACAGCAAAAAAUAGUUAAGAUUCCCCUUACCAUCAUCCCCCAUCCCCAUCCCCAUCAGAUCCCUGGAGGAGAUCGGAAAGGCCUACGGAAGCCCAGCCUACCCCGUGGCCUGCUCUGGUGUAAGCAGGUGGGAGCAGUAGCCUUCCAACCCAAGUUCCUCACCUCAAAAACUAUAGGCCUAUCACUUCAAUGUUUCCCCUGCCUGCGAGAACACCUCUUGCUGGAAAAAAGGUAACACCAGCUGAUGUUAAUAGGGCUCUUGCUGUGUGCCAGGUACUAUGCUAAAUACUUUGGCUGUUCACAGAGCCCCUAAGAGGUAGGCAAAACCAUGAGAACACAGAAACAGAGAGGUCCAGUAAAUGGAACCGAUGACAAAUCAGUUUCUAACCCAUGGAAGAAUAGCUCUUUGGAGGGAGGUGGGUGUGGAAGUGUCUGCAGGGGCUCUUGCAGCUCUCAUACCUAUCAACUCCCCUUCCGCCAAUCUCCAUACAAAUACAGGUCUGUAAAUGCCCUUCCCAUUCUCCCCAUUACUCCAUUUAGAUAAGUAAGUGAGAUAGAUCCUCACUACACAAAGGAGGAAAUAGGGUCAAGGAGUUAACUGACCUGCCCAAGGCCCUGCCUUGAGUUCUGGUGUUCUCCCUGGGAGUCUUGGUUACAUAUUAAAUGCCCCACCAGGACACUGCUGGGGGAAGGGGUGGGAGUUGUGAUUACCCUAUGAAUACAGAUCUUUGAGGAAGGACUCAGCAAGAAGGCACUGUCACACAGCCUAUCACACAUUCCAGAUGGGAAGCAGGUGAUGAUUAAUAAUGGACACCCACAUAAGGCUGACAAACACUGGAAUGUUGCCUUCACUUAGGACUGAUUGCUAAAGUACCCAGAAAGGGGAUCCCAGCCUUGAGGUGCAGGAUUUCUGAAGGCCUGGUUUGCUUUGGCAGGCCCCAGAAUGGGCCAGGGGUUUGUCAGUAGGUGGUGUGGGUGCAGUGGUGAUUUCUUUGGGGAGGCUGAGAAGUCAAGCCCCCCUACUCGCCUUUUCAAAGUUGGGGCAUGAGAGGAGAGAGAGAAAACUACAACUCCCAGAAGCCCCCGUUCCUUACGCGUCAAGGAUGGUUGCCAUGGUUUAAGAAAACAAUAUGGCUGCUCCCAGCGGGGACGUAAAUCUCUGGGUUAGAGAAGCAGAGGCGGGUCUGGGCGCUCUCCGUAGCACAGAAGAGGCGUUUGAGGGAUUGUGAGGGAUCGUGAACUUGGUGCUGGACGCUGCACGGCUGGAACUGCCUGGCCUUGCCCAGGGUGCCAAUGGCGGCCAGCGUGGACGAGGAGGCGCUGCACCAACUGUACCUGUGGGUAGACAACAUCCCUCUGUCUCGGCCCAAGAGAAAUCUCUCCCGAGACUUCAGUGACGGAGUCCUGGUCGCAGAAGUCAUCAAGUUUUACUUCCCCAAGAUGGUGGAGAUGCACAAUUAUGUCCCUGCCAACUCUGUCCAGCAGAAGCUCAGCAACUGGGGUCACCUGAACAGGAAGGUGCUGAACAAGCUGAACUUCUCGGUCCCAGAGGAUGUAAUGCGCAAGAUCGUGCAGUGCGCCCCAGGCGUGGUGGAGCUGGUGCUCAUUCCGUUGAGGCAGCGCUUGGAGGAGCGGAAGAGGCGCAAGAAGCAGGGCGUGGGCUCCUUACAGGAGCUGGCUCCCCAGGAUGGCACUGGCUACAUGGAUGUGGGUUUGUCCCAGAAAGCUCGGGGGGAAGAUGCCCCGGAUACCCAGGGAGGUGGGCAGCUCAGGGCGGGCCGGCUACCGGCGUCCCGACCUCCGGGGUAUAGCCAGGCGCUGCAGGGCGAUCCUAGCUUCGUCCUCCAGAUCGCUGAAAAGGAGCAGGAGCUGUUGGCCUCGCAGGAGACCGUGCAGGUCCUGCAGAUGAAAGUGAGGCGCUUGGAGCACCUGCUCCAGCUCAAGAACGUGCGCAUCGACGACCUCUCCCGGAGGCUCCAGCAGGCGGAGCGUAAGCAGCGGUGAGCAGCAGCCCGGGCCGCGAGGGGACGCCCCAGUCCCGCUAGAGCCCAGAUGCCGCGACUGAAGCACCCACCGACGGAAGGACUAAUGGGCGGGCGGAGCCAGCCGCUCCCAUGAGCCUCCUCGGACAUGAGCCUGCCUCUCUGUUGGGAUGGGGUGAGCGUGGGGGGCAUUGGGACAGGAAUUCCCCGAGUGGAGCUCCUGGACUGAGCCGCCUCCUUCCACUCCAUCCGGGUCAGGAGAACAGACCGCUUUCCAGAACCUAGAAGCCACAUGCAGAGACCUGGAAUGCACUCCAAAGCAAUGUCCGACACCAGGGGCUCCAUCUCGGUGCUCCCUACCCUGGGCCUCAGGGGGCGGUGCCCCAGCUUGAUCUACACCCCUAGAACCGGGUGUCCACCCAGCGUUGAGGACAGCAGCGUCUCCAUCCGGUUUCGUUCUCUGCACCCUGGGCCAUGGGGAAAGCUCCUGGAGGCAGCUGAGGGAGUCCCUUGCCCCUCCUGGGCACUCACCGGGGACCCAAUUCAAGGCUGGAGAGUGCAGCAGCUGGAGAGGAGGGGGUGAGGAGUGGGCGCAGUCAGGAGUGGGGAAGACAUGGCUGUGCCUAUGCCAGUCACCCUCCUGUCCUACAGGAGAUCUCUGAGAAUGACUCGGGGAUAUGGGGCAGGGCUGCCUGCAUUAAAGGUGUUGUGCUCUC